AUGAGGACCAAACACUCUACGGCUUGGCCUCAGUCACUCAAUGGAGAGAUCCUAUGGGUCUGCCGCGAUCAUGUUGAGGAUGGCAAAAGCAUUCCGUAUUCCUUCUCGUCUAAGAGGGACCUUGACCAGCACAUGCUACUGAUACAUUUUUCGAAGAAGCGGUUAUCCGAUGAUGAGUUCACAAAGUAUCUUGAACAGCAAACACCGCUCAUCGGAACCACAUCACGUCCAUCCUGUCCAUUAUGCUUGUUUGUGGUUGGGGCAAAAGAAUAUUCUUCUUCUGGGUACGGCGAGGGCAUGCUAGACUUGUCUACCAUGGUCCAAGAGAACAACAAGCUACAGAAGAGUGUAGAUUCCCGUGUGAGCUAUGUAGAUGACGUCAAGCCAGCUUCUGAUGCUGGUUGCGGUGAUAACUUGGGAGAUGAUCCAUCCACUCAUUUCGCCUUGGAAUUACACAUCGCGGCCCACUUGCAAUACCUGCUUGUUAUGUCACUGCGCCUUGUGGCAACCCUAGAUUAUGAUACAGGCGAUGAAUUUUCUACUGGCCUACAUGGGUCGAGUGACGCAGCGACAAGAUCAAUUUCGUCUAGGAAAGAUGGCCCAGAGAGAGACGCCUGGCCCGACGAGAAGUCAGCGCUGCUAUACAUUUCGGACUCAGAACGGCUUCAGCUGGAGCAGAAGAGGUUAAGCGAAGAGGCAGCUGAAAGUGUACACUCUUCAUACGAAGAUUUCCAGUGGAACGGCCUUAACCUUCUCGUGGAUAACCCCACUGGAGAAGAUUUGAUCCUUCGACAUUUCAGCAGUAGACAAAACGACGUUUCUCAGCUAGAGUUGUACAGGAAGUCUGUCAGAUCUCUACGGCAGGAACUCGUAGAAUCACACGGCGAGCAUGUUGAACAUGCGUAUCAGUGGAGGGAGGUCGGCGUUCUGCAAGGUCGAAUCUUUGAUCAAUCUGGAGAUUCAGAUGAUCUUGACCAGGCCGUUGAAGCACUCAAGACGGCAGCAGAAUCGAUUCCGGACGAGCAUCCUGUUAAAGGGCAAAAUCUGGCAGACCUAUCCACUCGCCUAAUCGAUCAAUGCAAAAUAGAGAGCCACCGAGUGGACCUUGACUACAUUAUGGAGAUAACGAAAAAGGUGGUCCCCACGAACCCACACCAACAGCAUGAUCAUUAUCUAAAUCUCAUUUACAUACAUCGGUACCGAUAUUCCAAGACGGGCACGGAGCAAGACUUGAACACCGCUGUCAAGAUAGCGCUGGAAGCCCAGUUCUGGGACCCAGAGCGUAAACAGGCAGAAUACCAUCGCCAACUGGGGGAACUAUUGGCACUAGACUAUUGGAGAACCGGCGUCGAAAACACUAUUUUCAAGGCGAUAUCUGAACUACGUCUAGCAUUAGACUGCGCAACAGAGGAAGAUAUCAAGUAUAGCGAGUACUUGGCAGCUUUAUCAGCUGGGCUUGAUAAGAAGUUUGCAAUGUCAGGGUCCCAAGAGGACUUGAAAGAAGCCUUACAACUUACGAGACGAUCAAUAGCACUUGGUGAUGAACACGGCACCGACUAUCUGAGACGCCUAGACAGCCUAGGGGUCAUGUUGGGCGAGGUAUACGAGAAGACUGGUAACACAAUCGCCCUGGAAGAAAGUAUUCAGGUUGCACGGAACGUUGUAGCUUCCACAUCUGAACACGACACUGAUGCCGCAGAGCGCAUGACACACCUCGCGGCUCGGCUUGAAGAUGAGUUCCAAAGAGCCGGUGAUUUGGAACCGCUGGAUGAAGCUAUUGAUCUUUCCGCAACUGCGAAAGACCUCACUCCAAUAGAGCAUCCUAGCUAUCAUGUUUAUUGUCACAGUCUGGUAGCUAGAACCUUUGAACUGUUCAACAGAACGGGAUCGAUGCAGGAUGUGAGAGAUGCUUUUGAGUAUAGUAGUGAAGCCGUCAAACUUUUACCAGAUACCGACGUCAACAUGGCCAUGUAUCUAUGCCUCCUCGCAGACUUGACGCUGGAGAUGAGCAGCGAUCUGGGCAACAAUGAGGGCGAUGGCUAUUACUACGAGGGGGAGGAAGCCCUUCGCUUGUACGAACAGGCUCUCAGUCAUGGAUAUCCUGCGUUGCAAUCCCGCUUGCAGGCUGGUCAAAAGCUUUUUGAGGCAGACGCCAAAUUCCCAGAGCGGAAUGGCGCCUUUGAGGCUACGAAAAUGACCAUUGGUUGUCUGACCCAUUUGCCCUUCGCAGACCUUGAACAUCUAGACAAACAGCGUGUUCUGCAAACAACUAGGUGGAUCGCAUCUGAAGGUGUUGCUGCUGUGCUGAGGCAUGCUCCUUUUGAAAUUCUUUCCCUGCUGGAGGACAGCCGCUGCCUAGAUGCUAAUUCUCGUGCUUAUUGCCUGGAUGACUUUGAGCGCCUCCGCCAAGCACAUCCUUCAAAGCUGGAUGAAUUUCUUGCUCUCCGAAAAGACCUACGAAAGCCAAUGUUUGUUCCACCAACCGGCUUUAUUGGCAACUCCCCCUGGAGAGCUCAAUCUAGAAGACGCUACCAAGCAAGCAUCGACUGUCAGAGAAUACUGACCGAAAUUCGAAAUGAACCCGGCUUUUCCAACUGGCUAGGUCCCGAGGAUGAGUCAAGAAUGUUGGAGGCUGGUGCCCAAGGACCUGUUGUUGUUUUAACUACGGGUCAUUCUGGAUCCGCCGCCAUCAUCAUUCGUCAAGACACGAUCGAGGUUUUGAGACUACCUGAUCUAGAUUACGAUGAAGUUGUGGAGAAAUCAGAUUCGAGCGGCAGAUUUACGGUAGCAACCUUAUUGUGGCUCUGGGAAACAAUUGCCAAGCCAGUUUUGGUCUAUCUUGGCCUAUCAGCGACUCCAACCGACAGCCGCCCUCGUCUGUGGUUAAUUCCUACCGGCCGUUUAAGCUAUUAUCCAAUUCAUGCGGCAGGAGACUAUAAAAGCCGAUCAACGGAUCCUGUAUCAGUUUUGGAUUAUGUCGUUUGCUCUUACAUUCCAUCUAUCAAGGCCUUAAAUAUGGCUCGGAAAAGACGUAUAGCAAUACCUGAGAACCCGAAAGCACUUCUCGUUAGCGGUAAAGGCAGUUCGGCUGUUGCCGGCCACCAAUCUAUUUCCAAGGAAAUCUCCGCCAUAAAGAAUAUCUGCCAAUCUCGAGGGUUUGAAGUAUUCCAGCCAAACCAUAAAGAGGACAUCCUGCAAGCCCUGACCAGCUGCACCCUAUUUCACUUUGCAGGGUUGUUCGCUGGCAGUAGGGAAGACCCAUUCGAAAGCCAGCUUUUGCUCUCAUCUGGUGUAACCACAGUGAAGGAUAUUGUAGAUACCACUCCACGGCUUCAUCCACCAUAUCUUGCUUACCUCUCAUCCUGUUCCACGGCAAAGACAUAUCAAGAUGUCUUUACCGAUGAAUGUCUUCAUGCAGCUGGCGCUCUUCACAUGGCAGGUUUCCGCCACACCAUAGGCACAUUGGGUCAAGUCCAUGACGAUCUGUGCUCCGAGAUUUCGGAUUUCUUUUAUGGAGCUUGGGCGGAAAAAGAGUUUUCGGAUGAUACUGUUGCAUUAUGUCUUCACGAGUCGACCAGAAAAUGUAGGGACUGGUGGAUUGCCAGCAGGGAUGGGCCCAUAACUGCUGAAGGGACAAAUCACCGUGGCAUUACGCCUAUCGAGGAUGAAGAUGAUUAUACAGUAGUCGACUGGGCCUCCUUUGUUCACUUUGGGCCAUAA